UUACCUGUUUGGAAUACAAAACUGGGAGCAGAAUGCUUGCUGGAUUUCAUUUACUGGUUUCGAUGUCCUGUGGCCUGAUUAGCAAAGAACGUGGGAGACACUCUAGCUACGGAAUGGAGGUGGUGACCCUUGAGGAUGUGGUUGUGAACUUCAGCAAUGAGGAGUGGACUUUGCUGAGUCCAUCCCAAAAGAACCUCUACAGAGAUGUGAUGGGUGAAACCUUUAGGAACAUGGCUGCAAUAGGAGGACUUGGGGAUAUCCAGGAAGCUGAAAAACAAUGCAAGAUUUACUGGAGAUACUUAAGAAAUGAAAAGCUAGAGAAACCCUAUGGACAUACAUCUUGGAGUCAGUGUAAAGAAGUAUUCCUUGGUACUGCAGAAGGUAAUGUGAAUGUGAAAGAAGCAGAAACACACCACAAUGUUCAGAUCCAUAAAAAAUAUUGCAGUGGAGAGAAAUCCUAUGUAUGUCAGCAAUGUGGAAAAGGUUUCACCACAUCUGGACAUUGUAAGCAACAUGAAAGAAUUCACACUCAAGAGAAACCAUAUGUAUGUGAGCAAUGUGGGAAAGCUUUUAACGCACGUGCAUAUUGUAAGGUUCAUGUAAGAAUUCACACUGGAGUGAAACCAUAUGUAUGUAAGCAAUGUGGGAAAGCUUUUAACACACAGGCAGAUUGUAAAAAACAUGAAAGUAUUCACACUGGAGAAAAACCCUAUGUACAUAAGCAAUGUGGGAAAGCUUUUACCACACGGGGAGAUUUUAAGAAACAUGAAAGAAUUCACACUGGGAGAGAAACCCUAUGUAUGUAAGCAAUGUGGGAAAGGUUUUACCAUCUCUGGACAUUGUAAGCAACAUGAAAGAAAUCACACUGGCGAGAAACCAUAUGUAUGUAAGCAAUGUGGGAAAGCUUUUAACACACGGGGAGAUUGUAAGAAACAUGAAAGAAUUCACACGGGAGAGAAACCUUAUAUAUGUAAGCAAUGUGGAAAAUAUUUUACCAAUUCUGAAAAUUGUAAACAACAUGAAACAGUUCACACUGGAGAGAAACCAUAUGUAUAAGCAAUGUGGGAACGUUUUUACCUUAUAUGGACAUUGUAAACAACAUGAAAGUUCACACUCAAGAUAAAACCAGUGUAUAUAAGCAUCAUGAGAAUGGU